AUGGAUUCCGAUGAUUCAUCUGGAUCUUCAUCUGGAUCUUCUAACGGUCACGACGAUUACGAAGAUCGUGUCCAAAAUGCGAUUCUUCGAGCUGCCGAACUACUUGGACGCCGGAUUGUUGACCAACCUGCCAUUGGUGAUUCGGAGGCUAGGUACCCAUAUUUUCAGACGAGAUAUGACCGGGCUGGGAGAAGAGGGUUCACCGGGGUACAAAAGUGUACAUCUGCAAUUCGUCAAUUGGUAUACGGCGUAAAUAGUGAUUUUCUUGAUGAGUAUUUGCAGAUGUCUGAGCGAACUUCAAGGGAAGCGUGUCUAAAAUUUUGUAUCGGUAUACGGGAAAUUUAUGGGCCAACAUACCUACGGAGACCAACUCCGACCGAUCUGCAUCGUAUGUACUAUGUCCAUGAACAACUUCUUGGUUUUCCCAGUAUGAUUGGUAGUAUUGAUUGUAUACAUUGGCCAUGGAAGAUGUGUCCGACGGCUUGGCGAGGUACUUACACGAGCGGUCAUGUGGGUAGACCGUCAUUGAUACUGCAGGCUGUAGCAUCCAACGAUCUAUGGAUUUGGAAUGCUUAUUUUGGACAGCAAAGUUCGCACAAUGAUAUCAACGUGUUUGAAGCAUCGCCGAUUCUUGAGGAAAUUAUUAACGGCUUGGCACCUAGUGUUCCGUUUUCGGCAAACGGAAACCAUUACGAGAAGGGCUAUUAUUUGGGCGACGACAUCUAUCCUGAAUAUGCUACAUUUGUGAAGACGUUUUCCGACCCGAUUGAUGAAAAAAGAAGGCUUUUUAAGAAAAAAACAAGAGUUGACACGAAAGGGUAUUGA